AUGGAUCCCAACGGCUCAAUGGCUCAGUGCAUUGCCCACACAGUCCCGUCCAAGUACGAGAAUCGGUCUGGGGCCCAUGGUGGUGCGGGGACGCUGGCAUACAGCGGGUUGCUGGGUGUGGACGCGCUGGACUCGAACCUGAUCUUCCUCCAUCGUGGUGUGAUCCAGCCAAAGAGCGGCAUUGGGGCUCACUUCCACAACCGUUGCGAGGAAAUGUUCGUCAUCCUGGAUGGCGAGGCGCAAUUCACCAUCGAUGGCAGGACGUCGCUGUUGAAAGGACCUGCCGGCGCACCCACCCGGCUUGGACACUCACACGGCAUUUUCAAUCCCACCGACAAGCCGGUCCAGUGGAUGAACAUCAAUGUCGGUCUGACCAAGACCUACGAUGCCUUUGAUCUCGGCGAUCCGCGGGUGGAUGUGCCGCUCGAUCCUCGUCCGACGUUUAUGUCGAUGCGUCUGGACCCGGCUCUACUGAAACCGGUGCAGAAUCUGCAUGGCGGCUCGGGAACAGUCCAGUAUCGGCGCGUCCUCAAUCCCAGCGUCUUCAACACAGCGUGGUCUUACGUCGACCACCUGGCCUUGCCACCAGGGACAGUGGCGGGAGCGAACCAUCAGCAGGCAGACAUGAGCGAGGUGUACUAUGUGCUGGCCGGUUCUGGGACGGUGGCACGAACGAGCGGAGGAGGGACGACUACUGAUGCGACGGCGACGUCGAUCAGUGUCGGCGAUGCUGUUCCUCUCCGACUAGGCCAGAGUGCCUUGAUCAAGAACACUGGUGAUGGACCGCUCGAAUUCAUGAUCAUCGGGGUCGCUCGUAGCCUGGCGGCCAAAGAGGCCUAUAUCGCACAGUUAGAAGCCUAA